ACGAACCAAGCUGGCUUCAGCUCUAGAGACCACCAGCAGUCCAUCCAUGAGCUGCCAAUCCUUCCUCCCCGUCUCCCUUCACCAAGCAGAAGCGGAGGGCCUUGCCUUGACGCCCUGGUCUGUUGACUCUUCAGAGCGGUGCGAGGAACAUGACGAGAGCCUGUCUGUGUUCUGUUUGGAUGACCUGGAGCCUUUAUGUCAACUAUGUGCAGCUUUGAGCCACGCAGGACACAGAGUGUACCUCCUGACCGAGGCUGCGACUGACUGCAAGGCAGAGCUCAGAACAUCACUAAAUGGACUGAAGAGGAAGAAGACUGACUUUGAGAAAGUCGCUCAGACCUGUGAACAUGCAUUCAGACAUAAUGAGGCUGAGGCCAAACUCGCAGAGGAGCUCAUGAAAAAUGAAUUUGAGAGUCUUCACCAGUUUUUGAGAGAUGAGGAAGCAGCCAAGCUACUUGCUCUCAGGGAAGAACGAGACGAGAAGAGGAGAAAUGCAGAAGAACAGGUAGACAGUAUAAUUCAGGUGAUACAAUCUCUGGAAGAGAAGAUCCAACUGGUGGAAGAAGAGCUUGAUGCAGAAGGAGACGGGGUUGGAUUUUUAGAGCACUACGAAGACGUGAUGAAUAGUACAUGGAUAGAUGGCAUGGAGCCUCUUGAGGUUUACAAACCUCUAAUAGAUGUGGCCAAACACGUGGGUAACCUAAAGUAUGCCGAGUGGGAGAAGAUGAAACACAUCGCCCCAUACACUCCAGUGACCCUGGACCCCAGGACAGCUGGUCAGUCCCUGAGGGUGUCUUCUGGGUUAAACAGUGUCCAUAUCAGCCCUGGACCCUCACAGGGGCUGGAACAAAGUCUGGAUGUUAAUGUCCCUGUCCCAGCUAACCCUGAACGUUUCCACCCUUGUUCCUGCAUCCUGGCGAGAGAGGGCUUUGACUCAGGAGUGCACUGUUGGGAUACUGAGGUUGGCGACACCAGCAAUUGGACAGUUGGUAUGGCUGCUCAGUCAGUGUCCAGAAAAGCAGAGUUUGAGGCCUGUCCAGAGGCAGGACUCUGGUGUAUCAGCCUGCAAGAAGGAGAGUACCGAGCUCUGACCUCUCCUGCUCAGACCCUAUACUCAGACCACCUCAGCAGGGUCCGUGUGAAGCUGGACUGGGAUGAAGGGACGCUGGAAUUCAUAAACCCUGACAGAGACACACAUCUUUUCAUGUUUAGACAUCGCUUUACUGAGAAGGUGUACCCUUACUUUCAGAGUAUGUCGUCGAGUGGGGGCUUUGCUUUGUUGGCACAAAGAGUGAAGGUCAACGUGGGGUCAGAUUAUGUCCCUGUGGAGGACACUGCUUUCACUGAGGAGCAUCAGGUAAUGAAAGGUGAAUCUUGUACUGAGGGAAACAAUAACACCACAUCUGCCAACAGCAACAGAAAGAUGUCAGAGAGCGGACAUCUGAUGGAAGACAAAAACUUGCCAAUUUGUUCUCUGAGACAGGAGAAGAAAACCAAACCUCAGAGACGCACCUUGAAGGAGCAGCUCAUUAAAACAAAACCCGCUGGAAAUGAAAAGAUAAAAGACGACAAACCUGUUAUUCAUCAGACCAGCAACCCCAGGUUCCUCAUGAGGUACGAGGUUUCACUGAGCAGAGCUCGUCAUCAAAAAUGAAUCUGACAGUCACAAACAAAUCCAGAUGAAUCAUGCUGAUCAUAUGGUUUAUCGUUUGUAUGUUAAAUAACAAGAUCUUGCAGCCAUAAUGAAUUAUAAUGGCAUCUUUUACUUCCAUACAAGUGUUAUUCUUAGUGUGUUGUGAUGCUAGCAGCAUGGCUUUAGGGAUGGUACGAUCAGUCGAUCCACCACUUUGGACCACAUGGAAAAUCUCAACAACUAUUGGAUGGAUGUUUUAUAGACAUUCUAUGGAAACUAAUGACGUCGGUGAUCCACUGAAUUCUCAUCUAGUGGACAUUUGUGGUUUUAAAUGAAAUGUCUCAACAUCUAUUGGAUGGUUUGCCAUGAAAUUUAAAACAGACAUUCAUGUUCCUGUCAGGAUGAAUUUUAAUGAAUUUCAUGAUCCCAUGACGUUUCAUUUGGCAGAAUUGUGUUGUCAAAAUUUAAUUUGCCCAGUACUUUGGUUUAUGACAAAUACCUUCAAAAUGUAUGAUGUUGUUUCCAUCAUAGCUUUACUUUGUAGUUGUUGCUAUUAGCAAAUAUUAGCAUACUAACAUGCUAAAUGAAGAUGGUGCACAUGCUAAAUAUUAUAACUGCUAAACAUCAACAUGUUAGCAUUGUCAUUGCGAGCUUGUUAGUAUGCUGACGUGAGCAUUCGGUGCAAAGCAUGGCACA